AGAUACACAGACCCAGCUCAGCCCUGGUCCUGCGGCUCCUAUUGGCUGACACUUUGUACAAAAUCCAACUCCAACCACUUGAGUCACAAACACAACCAGUAAAUUGGACCAGGCGUUCAUGCAGCCUCCUCCAUCACGGCUCUGCUCCUGCCUCUGCUGCUCCGCUCCUCCGCCUCACACGGAGGUCCAGCGUUUCACUGUUCCGCCUCCGAAGUCUCCUCCUGCUCCUGCUCCGGCUCCUGCUCCGAAAUCAGACUUGAAAUCUGCUCCGUUCGCAGCGUUUUUUAUUCACCAGGACGUCGUCGAUCUGCGCUGACUUUUAUCAUUUCUCCUGGAGGAAUUUACGAAGACAAAGACCGUCAAACUCCUCCACACCGAGGAGUCCGGACCAGCGCGGACCUCAGGCAGAGCAGAGUUCGCACCGGGAGCUCCACCAGUUUUCAAAAUUUUCCCCAACUUCAGCCCUCAGACAAACAUUAGCAUGAUGUCGUAUCUAAAGCAACCACCUUACACAGUCAACGGCCUCAGCUUAACCACGUCCGGCAUGGAUCUGCUGCAUCCAUCAGUGGGGUACCCAGCGACGCCGAGGAAGCAGAGGCGGGAGAGGACUACUUUUACGCGCGCACAGCUCGACGUCUUGGAGGCGUUGUUCGCAAAAACUCGCUACCCGGACAUAUUCAUGCGCGAGGAGGUGGCGCUGAAAAUCAAUCUACCUGAAUCACGAGUGCAGGUGUGGUUUAAGAACCGUCGGGCCAAGUGUCGUCAGCAGCAGCAGCAGCAGCAGAACGGAGGCCAGAACAAGGUCCGACCGGCCAAGAAGAAAAGUUCUCCCACCAGAGAAGUGAGCUCUGAGAGCGGGGCCAGCGGUCAGUUCACGCCCCCCACCAGCACCACCACAGUCCCCGCCAUCUCCACCAGCACCGCCCCGGUGUCCAUCUGGAGCCCAGCGUCCAUCUCUCCGCUCUCAGACCCGCUGUCUACCUCCUCCUCCUGCAUGCAGCGCUCCUACCCCAUGACCUACACCCAGGCCUCGGGCUACAGCCAGGGUUACGCCAGCUCCACCUCUUACUUCGGCGGCAUGGACUGCAGCUCUUACCUCACUCCCAUGCACCACCAGUUGUCGGGCGCGGGUUCCACACUCAGUCCCAUGAGCACAAACGCAGUCACGAGCCAUCUGAACCAGUCUCCCGCGUCCCUGUCCACCCAGGGCUACGGCACUUCCGGCCUAGGUUUCAACUCCACCGCAGACUGCUUGGAUUAUAAGGACCAGGCCGCGUCCUGGAAGCUGAACUUCAACGCGGACUGCUUGGAUUAUAAGGAUCAGACUUCCUCGUGGAAAUUCCAGGUCCUGUGAAGACACGGCGCCGCCGUCCCUCAGUGAAACUGGCUGAAAAUGUGGCCCCGGACCCGGGGGUUCUGUGGGCUCUCAGGCGCCUCCCGCUUAAUUUCUGGCAUGACGAUCCUUCGGUCCCGUUAUAGAAGGAGUGUUUAAUUUAUUUUAGCCCUGGUAAAGAGAUUUCCCGCGCGUUUAUACACAGGUUAAAGCCACAGCUCCACGUCAGUCCGGCGUUGAUAAAAAGAAAACACACCUGUUGAGGACAAGUGGAAUGGAGUGGAGUGGAGUGGACUCUGGGCCAGAACCUCAACCUCAGCCACGGAACUAAUGUUGAUCCACGAACAAAAGUUUCAACCUCACGUCCCAGACGAAGUCUUCUGGAUGGACAGAAAAACAAAAUCCCUCUUUAGCGACGUGGACGCGGGCAGAGAGACACGACGAGGACGGAGGAGUGUUGGACAUGGAAGGAGUGUUGGACAUGGACGGAGUGUUGGACAUGGAUGCACUACUUUAUUUAAGAAAAAAAAGUGUUUAUAAGGAAUCAAUAUGUAGUUUCUAAGAGACAAUCAGUGUGUGUCUUCUAUAAAUGGUUCAUUUGUGUUUUUUAUCUGUGCUAGCAUUCGAAACUGUGAUCUGUUGUAUUGUAUGCAAUUUGUGAGCGCCCCCUACCGACCCCACACCGUCAGACUCUCUGCUGUGAUUUGAAAAGAUUUCUAACUUUUUUUUUUUUUUUUUUUUGGAAACAACGAGAGGCGAAAAUGGUUAAAUCACAGACAGAGAGAGAGACAGAGAGACAGAGAGAGAGUGUAGACUUCUCUGUUAGACACGUCACUGCAAAAGACUGUCGGCUGCUUUUUCUCCACUACAUUGAACGCAUCACACGGUGACUGUGGAUCCUUAUUGGCUCCAAAGAUGGUGUGACCUCACCGCUGAAAAAGACGCGAAUAAAAGGUCCUGUGAGCUCACUCUGCACUCGUGUGUGUGUGUGUGUGAAAGAGAGAGCGCGCGUGCGUGUGUGCGUGCGUGUCUGUGUCUAAUAAGUGGUUGUAGCGGUUGAAGUGGAAGUUUGGUUUCGCUAAAAAGGUCCUGGUUCGGCAAAAAAAAAACAAAAAAACGAAAACGAUA